UUACGAUGAGAAUCGAACUCACGAGUCCACUAGGCGAUGAACUCGUUUGGGAAAUGCGGAGCCCAGUUAUCUCAAAGAUCAAAGGAGCGUGAACUGUUGAGUAAAACCCCAUUCCUUCCCCAUCUGGGAAUAAGUCUUCCAACGUUCAUAUUUGCUUUUUCUCUCUUUCUCUCCAACCUAAAAGCUUAUCAGAGUGAUUCAAAUUGAGCCCUAUUUUAAUUUUAAAUCCCAAUUCGACGGUUACAGAUUUGCAAUACCAUGAAUCUCUUCAAGAAGAAACCAACCGCCAAAGAGGCGCUUCGGGAGAGUAAGAGGGAGAUGGCAAAUGCUACCCGAGGCAUCGAGAAGGAGAUUUCAUCCUUACAAAUGGAAGAAAAGAGGUUGGUUGCCGAAAUUAAAAAAACUGCAAAAACAGGCAAUGAGGCAGCAACAAAGAUUCUUGCACGUCAGUUAGUUAGACUUAGAAAACAAAUUGCUAAUUUGCAAGGUAGUCGAGCUCAAAUGAGAGGUAUAGCGACUCAUACACAGGCUAUGCAUGCUCAAUCUUCUGUUGCUUCUGGCUUGAAGGGUGCCACCAAAGCAAUGUCAGCAAUGAAUAAGCAAAUGGCACCUGCAAAACAAAUGAAAAUAUUGCAGGAAUUUCAGAAACAAUCUGCGCAAAUGGACAUGACAACUGAAAUGAUGUCUGAUGCAAUUGAUGAUGCUUUAGACAAUGACGAGGCUGAAGAGGAAACAGAUGAGUUGACAAAUCAGGUGCUUGAUGAAAUUGGAGUUGAUGUUGCUUCACAGUUAUCAGCAGCUCCAAAGGGGAAAAUCGCCGGAAAGAAAACGGAAGAAGUUAGCACUUCGGGCAUCGGUGAUCUUGAGGAGAGAUUAGCUGCGCUUAGGGGUGCUUAAACCUUCUCAGUAUAAUUUUGGCCCUCGAUUGGUUAUUGGAUCCCGAAACUACUAACGCCUAAAUUGGUGAUGGCGGAGGAAGCUUGGAGAGCUGAUUUAUUUUCUUAUCGUCAGUUGCUCAUUUGUAUAAUUCAUAUCCAUUUUACUGACCAGACCAACAAGUAGUUUUUCUGAGCCGUCUUUUAUGAUUCGAGUUUGAUAAUAUCCUACAUCAAGUAUUUGUAUUCGCUGGACGUGUUUGUCUUGUCAUGUAUUUGUAUAUAUUACCGUAUUAACGAGUAUUUGAAUGCUCAUUCACAAAAAGAAUCCAUGUCCAUGUUAUAAUUUGCUUCAAUGGCUGGCGGUUUUCGGUCUCAGCAACUGUUUUCAUUUUCAUGUUAUUGCGAGAAUUAGGCUUUAAGUCGGGA